UCUGAGGUUAAAGUACCGCUCAGAAUUCACAGCAGGUGUCCUCGUCAGAGUAUCGGUCUUAACAAAGGAAAGUGCUGCGCCAUUUUACCUCCAAGAAAGAAGCUCAAAGUUCACUGAGAUGCUGAGUCAGCUGAGGAUGAAGAGAGGAGGGUGAAGGGUUUUACACGUCCAUCACAUCUGUGUCAGGAGGCCCUGCAUGCCUGCAGCGGCGGGACAGGCGUCUGCAUGUCUGCUGUCAGCACGGACGCAUAAAUACCUGCGUGUCCAGAGGCUGCGUUCACUGUCAGCCUGUCUGCAGGUGGAGGAUAGAAGAGGAAGCUGAGAGACGCCAACAUGGUUCCACUGAGGCUGCUCGCCUUCGGAUUGCUCGCUGCAUCCUGGUACUUCACUCGAAGCUGCUGAGGGAGAGGUCAUCUAUGCGUGUCAUAAUGAGACCGCUGAGAUGUCGUGUGAUGUUGGCAGUAAGAUAAAGCUGGAACACAUCCUGUACAAGGUCGGGGUCGGGACGAGGUGCGGGGAGGGAAAACCCUUCCCAGACGACGGACCGGAGAACUUCUGUUCCUUCCCCUGGGCAGAGAUGGUGGUGGAGGACCUCUGUGGGAACAGGAGGUCCUGUAAGGUCCCCGUCACUGAGUGGGUGUUUGGUGAAUAUCCCUGCAAAGAGGAGACCAGGUACCUGGAGGUAUCCUACACCUGUGCAACACCACCUCCUCCCCCUCCUCCACCACCACCUCCAACCAAACCUGACUGUGAAGAAAAACCAGCCACUGACGCCUGAUGAUCUUAAAUUUGUAUUGUUCUUCUCUUUGGAACAGAAUAUCAUGAAGACUCAUCGUCGCCUCAACAUUUCAGAUCAAAGUUUAACUCUCAGUAAAAACCAAGAUAUCAUACUGUCUAACAACCAGAAACAAACUUGUUCUUUAGAUCUUAAAGUUUGAGUUUCUGGAGGAGCAGAAGUGUUGUAUUCAUGUUUCUGAAUGCGUAAAGUAUACUUGAGCUUAUUUACUCAAAGAAGGAUUUGAAGUCAAUUCAAUAAAAGUUAUCUUCAAACUU